CAUGAGUGCGCUCUUUUCUCUCCUCCCGGAGACCGUCCCGUCCCGGUUAGAGAGGAAGUUAUCCCACGGGGGACUCGCUCAGAGCGGACAAUAAACUAGAUGUCUUUGUCCAUCAGCUCGGGGGCAGCAGCCACCAUGUCUGAGGACGACAGCGAGUGGGUCGUCGAGAGCAUCGUCGGCUACCUGGGGAGCCCCGAGUGGGUCAUUCCCGUCACGGACUUCAUGGAAAACAAAUGCACAGUUUUUGAUGACGAAGAUGAGAACAAGCUGUCCUACACAGAGAUCCACCAGCAGUAUAAGAAACUGGCGGAGAACCUGCUGGGGAAUUACAUGCAGGAGGUAGGCAUCGACGAGCAGCAGUUUCUGGAAGCGUGUACCUCUCCGUUUGCCAAGUCCAAAACACUGCAGUCGGUGUUCCAGACGGUCCUGGCGACCGACGACUUCCAGAUAUUUCACUCCAUGAUGGUCCAGAAGAACAUGGAGCUGCAGUUUCAAGCCCUCAGAGUCAUUAAAGAAAGGAACGGGGCCCUCCCCGAGUGUCUGACUGAUGGUGUGGACGUGAUGACAGAGCUGCAGGACCAAGAGAUGAAAAUCCUGCAGGAAGUUCUCAAAAAGUCCAAAGAGGAGUACGAGGAGGAGAUGUCCAGGAGGCUGCUUUUAGAUGAAGAGGUUGGCUCUACUUCCAGCAGCUGCUCUGACAAGCCAAUGGCAGAAAGCAGCCGAGCUCAGAACAGAACCAGCAUCCCUGCCAAAUCAACAAAUGCUGCUCAGACCAGAGCUGAGGGGACUGGUGGUCACCUCGCCCCACUGGUGAACGGAAACACGGCCACUGACUGUGAUCUGGUCAACAGCACACCCACCACAAAGGAAGAGGCCAAGACGGACGCCCCGGGAGGAGAUAAGAAGAGUGCAGCUAAGCGCAGCUCCACGUCUAAACCCACAGCAGCUAGUGGCAGUAAUGAUGUGGAGUCCAGAGUCCUCCCAGCACUGAGAGCUCCGGUGAGGUCCGGUGAGCCGCCCGCGGGCCUCGGUCCUGCAGCCGAGGCGUGUCUGGAGGAGGCGCACAGGGAGGCGGGCUUCUCCAAGCCAUACACUGAGUUAACGGCGUCUCAGCAGGAGCAGCUCCAGCAGAGGGCGGCGUAUCUGUGUCAACAGCGGGACAAGCUGCACGCGCUGAAAAAGGAGCAGCAGAAAACCAGGCGGGCGGCCACACCGGAGGAGACCCCCAUCACCACCCCCACCCCCACCGUCCCGCAGGCAGCGGGGCAGUCCCAGAGGAACGGGGCCUGUACCCUUCCUCCUCUUCCUCCUGCCCCUCUUCCUCCAGCACAACUCUCUGCUCACUCCUCCAAACAGAAGGAGAUAUCCGCCGAGGAGAGGAAGAAGCUACAGAAGAGAAAACAUCUGGCGGACAAGCUGAAAGAGGAAGUGAUAAAGAAAUAAGUGCAAUAUUCCAAAUGAGAUCCCGUCUGUUUGCUCCGGUAAUCACACACGUUCUUCCUUCACGCCGCUGCCUCCUCCUUCAGAGAAGAUAAGUUCACUUAUCACAAACACGAAGAGAUCGCCCUUCUUUAUAGAAGUUCUCUUCGUCGCCGUCUACGCGGGAAGGAGGUACAUCCGCUUGUAUGUUUGGUGUCUCUCCACUCAUAGGAGCGCACACACACACACACACACACACUGACCGGUCCCACCGACCGGUCAGACAACAUGCUGCCAGUGUUACUCGAGUUGAGUGGAGAACCCAGACGGCUUUGAUUCUACAUCACGUGUGACAACGUGUGUCCACGGCGCUCCUGAUUGGCCACUUUAAUGUCAUUUAGUCUGUGUCCGAAUUCUAAAUGCAAAGUGUCUGGACUGUAGUGGCCUCGAAAGCCCCCCCCCCCCCUCCUCACGCUGAAAUGGAAACUGUAUUUGCUGCAUGUACACGACUAAAAAUAUUUAACAAUGCAGCGCUUCACUAUCGACAGUAUUGGUUAUUCUGCAACACUGAUCCGGUGGUGAUCAGUAACCGUGACUCAUGACUCAUCGUUGUGCUCGCCAGUCGACUCGCGACUGAAGGAGUGAUUUUGCAUGUUUUAUCUGUAUAAAACCGCCACAAAAGAAAAGUCCUGAACGUAUCCGUGAGUGACGACGGUGACGUUAGCGAGGUGAUGACGCCGUCGCGGCUCGCCCUCGCCGAGGAGCAGAGGAAGUCGAGAGGAACGCUCGUUGCCAGAGGCAACGCGUGUGUGUCGCUUCCUACGAGGAAUGCAGUAUUUCAUAAACGCUGUUGAAUAAAUCACAUUUUAUAGAAACAAGCUCGACCCCAGACUGUGUGUAUAAGCCUCUAUGCAUACAGCCGUCUUUUGGUACCAAUUUUUUAUUGCUUAUUAAAAUAUUAAACCUGACAAUAGUACAGCUUUCAACAUC